AUGUUCGACUUCAUCUUGCAAUGGGUCCACCGGGUCCUGGACCAUGCUCUCUCGACAGUCAAACUCAUCCGGAACCGCCAGAUAGGGUGGAAAACACUCAAUCGCAAAACUGGCCGCUACGUGCGCGAACAGCAGCCAAUUUGGAAAAAGAUAAAGCUCUGGGUACUCUUCAGCCAUCCUGUCGAAUGGGUUGAUCGCACCCAGUUGCUUCGGUUGUGGAUUCACGAGAAGACCAUCAAUGCUGGCAAACAGGAAGGCACGCCGGCGUCUGCUCGUCAGAUCAAGGCCUUUGUGGACUUCUAUCACAUCAAUAUGGACGACUUCACACCUUCGGACAUGAACCAAUAUCGAACAUUUGAGGACUUUUUCGUCCGACAUCACAAACCCGGCGCACGACCCAUCUUCGAAGAGGACGACCCUACGCGGGCUGUAGUCGUCGCCGACUGUCGGCUAGUAGUCUACCCGACCGUGGCACAAACCAAGAAACUCUGGAUCAAGGGCCGGAACUUCACCAUCGGCAAUCUCAUCCGCGAUGAUGAGGCGGCCAAACCGUGGCACGACGGCGCGAUCGCAAGCUUCCGCCUGUCGCCGCAAGAUUACCACCGCUGCCAUUCCCCCGUCAACGGCACCGUCAAGUGGUUCAAGCAGAUCCCCGGGGACUGCUACCAGGUGGACCCUCUGUGCCUGCGAAGCGACAUCGACAUCUUGACCACGAACGCGCGCUGUGCGGUGUGCAUCGACUCGAAGGAAUUCGGCAAGGUGCUCUUCGUGGCGAUCGGCGCAACCGAUGUCGGCACCGUCGAGAUCAACCCCAAAUGCCAGAAGGCCGGUUCCGAGGUGAGCAAGGGUGACGAGGUAGGCCUGUUCCAGUUCGGCGGCUCGAGCAUCAUCGUGGCGUUCGAGGAAGGCCGCAUCCAGUUCGACGAGGACCUGCUCAGUGUGAGUCGCCGCUUGGUCAUGAUGGAUGUCGAAGUGGGAAUGAGUCUCGGACGCGCGACGCAGAAAAGAUGA